AGCGGCCGGGUUCGAGACGCUACAGCCUGACUGAAAAGGGCCGGAUAUAGACUCUAGAAAACUUAGAAGGGAUGCGAAGGAAACUGGAGGGGUUUUUGCUGGAAUCCUGGCUAGCAAGACCAUUUCUCAGGCGCUCACAACCGCUAAGGAAUCUCAGGCUGCCUGAGUCCUCCAGCGUGAGCGAGAGUCCCGUCUCUAUGAUCACGGAGACGUAGAGGCGGGCCUCUCUACCCCGCCUGGUGAGGCUGCGCAUGAGCAGUAGCUGAAGCACCGGGAAGAUGGCGGAGGAAGGGGAAAGAAAAAGGAUACCUUUGGUUCCAGAAAAUCUCCUGAAAAAGAGGAAGGCUUAUCAAGCCCUCAAAGCCACUCAGGCAAAACAGGCACUUUUGGCAAAGAGAGAGAGAAAAGGGAAAGAAUUCAGGUUUAGACGACUAGAAUCUUUUGUACACGAUUCCUGGCGGCAGCAACGUGACAAAGUGCGUGUCCAGCGACUAGAAGUGAAGCCUCGUGCUUUGGAGGUGCCUGAUAAACAUUCCUUGGCCUUCGUUAUACGCAUGGAAAGGAUUGAAGGAGUGAGUUUAUUGGUAAAGAGCAUCAUCAUGAAACUUGGCCUGAAGAAAUUGUUCAGUGGCGUCUUUGUCAAGGUCACCCCUCAGAGUGUAAAAAUGUUGCGUACAGUGGAGCCUUAUGUGACCUGGGGAUUUCCAAAUCUGAAGUCUGUCCGGGAACUCAUCUUGAAACGUGGACAAGCAAAGAUUAACAAUAAGACAGUCCCUCUGACAGACAACACAGUGAUCGAGGAGCACCUGGGGAGAUUUGGUGUCAUUUGCCUGGAAGACCUCAUCCAUGAGAUUGCUUUCCCUGGGCAGCAUUUCCAGGAGAUCUCUUCAUUCCUGUGCCCUUUCCACCUCUCUGUGGCCCGUCAUGCUACCAAGAAUAGAGUGGGCUUCCUCAAGGAGAUGGGCUCACCUGGCUACCGGGGAGAACGGAUCAAUCAGCUCAUCCGGCAGCUCAACUAGAGCAGGAGCAGGUUUUUCAAAAGCACACACUGGAAGUGUUUUUGUUGUUUAAAAUUAUCAAGUAUCUUCAGAGAAGAUUAUUUUCUGCCUUCAAAGACUGAAGGAAGAGGUCGGGAGAAUGACAGCAGGUGUGAGCAUCAGAGACACUUAGCCAGUUCCGUGAAAGGUCCGAAUGUUCUCCACAGUGGCUGCCGUCUGAAGUCAGCGCAAGCUGUGGAGGAAAGACACCUGCUCGUCCUGCCUUCUAUCUUGGUGUUUAAUGUUGUCCCAAACAUCCCUCCCGGCCCCUCCAAGACUCUUAAAGCAGUGGGCAGACCAAGGGGCACACUCUGGGUGAAGUGGGUCUUGGUUUUACUUUUUUAUUUUUGUCAGGGUAGGUGGCCAUGUGUUUAGUUGUUGAAGGCAGGGUCUCCCUGUAUAGCCCUGGCUGGCCUCAAACUCCACAGCAGGCUUGCCUUCUCCUGGGGGCUGGGAUUAUAGGUGGACAAGCCUGGAGGCUUUUUCCUCAAACAAGAACGGCAGUUAGAAAGGUGACAAAGGCCACACUGCAACUGCACUGUCCGCUUUGGGAAUUCUGAGGCUUGCUGUCCCUGGGUCAGUGUACCCUGACCUGCAGCGACAGUCCUUUCCUGUAGCUCAGGAUUUAGGAUGGGGGAUCCCUGUGCUAGAAACACACACACACAUAUCCAUACUUUGUGCUUGGAACUCCAGGACAGUGGUACAUACCGUCUUAGCACCUGGAGGUGUUUGUGAGGAUAGCCUGCUUUUUUGUGCACAUUGGUCUAUUAAGCUAGUCUCAUCCUGUGCUGGGGGGGAGGGGGUGGAGUUUACUUGUUUUCCGUUAAGAACAUGGUGUAUACCUUUAGUCACAGCACUUGGGAGGCAGAGGCAGGCAGAUCUGAGUUCAAAGCCAGGUAAGUCUCCUCUACAGAGUUCCAGGAUACCCAGGGAUACACAGAAAAUGUUAAAGACAGACAAAAACCCAUGCAGUGAUAGACUGUUCUGUCUUAAACCACAUGUACCCAGGAAAUGCCCACUAAAUUUUUGCCCUUGGCUUAAGGAUUCCCCUGUCUGCCUUUUCCUUAAAACCCACACUAGGGGUCCCAUUCUUUUUGGUUUUUUUCUGAGACAGGGUUUUCCUGUGUAGCCCUGGCUGUCCUGGAACUCACUUUGUUAGACCAGGCUGGCCUUGAACUCAGAAAUCCGCCUGCCUCUGCCUCUCAAAUGCUGGGAUUAAAGGCGUGCGUCACCACUGCCUGGCUGGGGUCCCAUUCUUAACUAAGGUUUGCCUUGAGCUUUCCUAUAAUCUUGGCUUCAUGGGGCCCUUUGUAACAUUCCUGUGAAGCUAAGUAAGGCCUAUGACUGCCAACACAGACAUAGUGAUGCUAGCCUUUAGUUACAGAGGCAGGUGGAUCUCUGAUUUCAGUCCCCUUGGACUACGUAAUAGUGCCUCCGAACAUGCCAAUUACAAAGUUAAUGGUUUCAGAGAAAGCCUGCCAGAGAUCAGGGUUAACUGUUAUAGAGCGUUGAGAAAUUAGGUGACCAAAACGCAUUGCAAUCUUGGAGUUGUGGCUAUUUACCAUUCUGGGAGCUCUGUGGUGUCGGAGUGUUUGCCUGCUGUGUGAGGAGGCCUGGAUGAGCUGAGCUAAGGCUUCCAUUUCUAGCUUGCUCAGAAUUGAAAGCAAGUUUUCUUUUCUAUAUAGUAAAAGAUUAUUUUUAAGAUUGA